UCGAGGGCGAAAGAGCAGAGCUGUUCCGUGUUUUCUGCAGAAGGCGAGAGUCCAUUGUAGUCUAUUACUCGUCGAGAGGGACAUGUUCAGGUUAUUCUUAUAACAAACACCCCAAAUGUACUGUUUUGAUUACAAGUGACAUCUAAUCCUUACAAGAGCGAGCACCACCUAUAGGAGAUCGAAAGUGUAUUUUUUCCCCCCAUGGCUCGGUAAACGGAUGCAACAAUAUGCGGAUGGUUUUUACAUCAUCUGGUACAAAAUCUCUGUUCACAGGCGGCAUCUUAAAAAGGAUAGAUAGACAGGAGGUGCCAAACGUCGAGUCACUGGAGAAUGAAAACCUACAUUGAAAGAUCACGUUCAUCUUUGGCCAUCGACACAUGUUAAAUGGAUACAGAAUGGGUAAAUAAUGACGCUUAUUGUUUUCAGUCAUUCGAUCAUUUAUAUGGGUAUGACAAUAGCGGUCCUCUAUAGCACCUUUUCAAAAUAGAAAUGUAGCCAAACGAUUUAACACUGAAAUCACAGGCAACAAACUCAUCAAUAUGUGUAAUGAGGGCAAUAAAUAUGAUAUCCUUGUACUUUAGGCUGGAAAACCGCGUUGCUUAAUAAUAGGGCAAAAAGACUGUUAAGUAUUUUAAAUGGAUAGCCACGAUGGUGUCAUUUUGGACAUCCAUUUUACAAGUUCUAUCUUUUUUCUCUCUUUGAUAGAGCGCAACAUGUAGCCUAUUUCCUGUGUGCGCUGUAAAAUCAGAAGUCACGCAUAGUUCUCCGGGGAUAUUCUUAACUGAGGACAGAGGCGCAGUUUUCUCAAGAUAAAUAUUGGUAGGGAACGACAGACAUUACUCUCAGUAUCAGUCUGUCAACUGCAAAGAAAAAACGAACCUAGGCCUCUUUUGCACAACUUGCACAGGCUGUCCAUAUUUCCCAGUAACUUUCUUAAAAAUCCCUUUUUUUCCCAACGUGGAUUGCUAGUCAGGUGACAUCUCAGGUGGGGGGGGCACAAUUCAUGAUCAAAUGGCAUCCCAUAUUCUUCACUUCUUUUGAGUUUUCACCAUGGAAACCCCAUGUGAACAAUGGUGAUGACCUUGAUACAAUGAAUAUAAAAGAGAAGGGUGUCAAUGUAAACAAAGUUUUGCAUUCGAAAAGAAACAAAGCUACAUUAUCGCCCUCACUUUAUUCUUUGUGAGUUUUCCAUGGGCUCACUUAAGGAAAAUUAACAUGGUCCAGGAGACCCUUCAAAUCUCCUUUUGUCUUAAGUCUACAUUUGGAGGACAUUGGAUUGGUGAAUCAACUGACAGAAUCAACUGACACUGUCAGAGACGUGUACCUAACGAAUAUGUGAGGAAAGCUAUUCCAAAGUGCAGGGCCUGACAAUCAAGACACUACGUGUGAUUUAAAGGACAUUUGUGACACCUCAGGGUAAAGGGUUCAGUUUACACACAGGAGAAUAAAAGGGAACCUGAUGAGAGAGCACGAUGUAGGCCUGCGUUUGAACCUUACAACAGUACCUUGAGGAAUUUUACACCUGCAGAACUACAAACAGAUUCACACUUUUUUUCACGACGAGGUCACAGGAAGAAUACAAAACUUAGUCAGUAUUCACGAUGCCUCGCAACCGGGCCUUCUCAGAGCCGGAGUACUCAGCAGAGUAUUCGGCGGACUGCUCUGUGACCCUACCAUCGGACCCGGGCCAGGCCGUGGGGCGCACGCACGAGGUAACGGUUCGCAGCCAAGGGUGCUGCCUCUGCCUACCACGCUUCAUGCGUCUCACCUUUGCACCCGAGUCUCUGGAGAACCUCUAUCAGACCUAUUUCCGCCGGCAGCGACACGAAACCCUGCUGGUUCUGGUUGUGUUUGCUGCCCUGUUUGACAGCUACAUCAUUGUCAUGUGCGCUGUGGUCUACACGGGUGAAAAGCUGGCCUCUGUGGUGGUGGCAUCAGUGGGCCUGGCAUCAGACAUCCUACUCUAUGUGUUGUGCUGCUACGGCCUGCUACCCGACCGCAUCUCACGACGUGUGGUGCCCUACGCCCUGUGGGUGCUCAUAGCGGCCCAGAUCUUCUGCUACCUGGGCCUGAACUAUGCCCGCUUCCACCAGGCCAGUGACACAGUGGGCUGGCAGGCCUUCUUUAGCUUCUCCUUCUUCCUGACACUGCCCUUGCGGCUCACGCCCAUUGUGCUGAUCACAUCCGUGUCAUGCGGGGUCCACACCCUGGUGCUGGGGGUCACCAUUGCACAGCAGCAGCAGGAGGAUAUCCAGGGGGCUGCCCUCGGGAGACAGCUGCUGGCCAACAUAGUGAUCUAUGUGUGUGCGAUCACUGUGGGCGUCAUGUCCUACUACAUGGCAGACCGGAAACACCGCAAGGCCUUCUUGGAAGCACGGCAGUCCCUGGAGGUCAAACUCAAUCUGGAGGAACAGAGCCAGCAACAGGAGCGUCUCUUGCUGUCCAUCCUGCCCAAGCAUAUAGCAGACGAGAUGUUGCAGGACAUGAAGAAGAAAGAAGCCAGUCAGACUGGACAGAAAGAGAUGCAGCAGUUCAACACCAUGUACAUGUAUCGCCACGAAAACGUCAGUAUUUUGUUUGCAGACAUUGUGGGAUUCACUCAGCUGUCAUCAUCAUGCAGUGCCCAUGAGCUGGUCAAGCUCCUCAAUGAACUGUUUGCCCGCUUUGACAAGCUGGCUGCCAAAUACCACCAGUUGAGAAUAAAGAUCCUGGGCGACUGUUACUACUGCAUCUGUGGCCUGCCAGACUACAGAGAGGACCACGCUGCCUGCUCCAUCAUGAUGGGCCUGGCCAUGGUGGAGGCCAUUUCGUAUGUUCGUGAGAAGACCGGGACAGAUGUGGACAUGCGUGUGGGGGUACACACUGGCACUGUCCUGGGGGGCGUCCUGGGACAGAAGCGGUGGCAGUAUGACGUCUGGUCCACUGACGUCACCGUGGCCAAUAAGAUGGAGGCGGGAGGAAUACCGGGGCGUGUGCACAUCUCCCAGGCCACCAUGGAGUGUCUGCACGGGGAGUUUGAUAUGGAGCCGGGGAACGGGGGCGACCGCUGUGAGUACCUGAAGGAGAGGGGCAUCGACUCCUACCUGGUGGUGGUGCCCAAGGGCCCCCUGGGAAAGAACAGCAUCAACGGGGUGAAGUUAUCUGUGAUGUCGUCCAAUGGGAACUCUCCAUUGUUGAUCAACACCACUGAGUGUAAUGGGAGUGUCCACACAGCCUGCACCACACCCGACGACCCAGAGGAGCUGGACACACGGGUGGUGAACCCAUCAUUCCCCAACCCUCGGCGGAGGCUAAGACUGCGGGACCUGGCCGAGAGGGUGAUUGAUGCCCAAGAGAACGAACAGGAGCUCAACAAACUGCUCAAUGAGGCACUGCUGGAGAGAGAGACCGUACAAGCUCUGAAGGGGAAACGCACCAACCGUCUGUCCCUGCGCUUUGUGGACCCUGAGCUGGAGACCCGCUACUCCGUAGAAAAGGAGAAGCAGAGCGGAGCUGCCUUCAGCUGCUCAUGUGUAGUGCUCCUGUUCACUGCAGCCAUGGAGGUCCUCAUAGACCCUCGGAUGAUAGCAAACUACGUGACCCUAGCUGUGGGAGAGGUCCUGCUGCUCGUCCUAACUGUCUGCUCUCUGGCGGCCAUCUUCCCUCGAGUUUUCCCUAAGAGGCUGGUGUCUUUCUCCACAUGGAUUGACCACACCCGCUGGGCACGGAACACAUGGGCCAUGGCAGCAAUCUUCAUCCUCACCAUGGCCGACAUUGUGGACAUGCUGAGCUGUCCCCGUCCCUCUGGAAACGCCACAAUGGCUCCUCCUUCCUCUGUUGUCCAAUCCGGGGCAGAGGGCUGUCUGGACAACCCCAAGUACUACAGCUACAUCGCCGUGCUGGCACUCAUGGCGACCACCAUGCUGGUACAGGUCAGCCACAUGGUCAAGGUCACACUCAUGCUCCUCAUCACCAUAGCGACGGGCAUCGUCAACAUCUACAGCUGGAGGGACAUAUUUGACCGCUACGAUAUGGCCCGCUUCCAGGACUACAGGUCUUACCUGGUUCCCUCCAAAUAUGCCAUGACUAUCAUGAUCUUCAUCAUGAUGAUCAGCUUCUACUACUUUUCUCGACAUGUGGAGAAGCUAGCACGUACUCUGUUCUUGUGGAAGAUUGAGGUCCAUGAGCAGAAGGAGAAGGUGUAUGAGAUGAGGCGCUGGAACGAGGCGCUGGUCACUAACAUGCUGCCAGAGCACGUAGCACGCCACUUCCUGGGCUCCAAGAAAAGGGACGAGGAGCUGUACAGCCAGUCAUAUGAUGAGAUUGGGGUGAUGUUCGCCUCCAUCCCCAACUUCUCGGACUUCUACACAGAGGAGAGCAUCAACAAUGGGGGGAUUGAGUGCCUCAGGUUCCUCAACGAAAUCAUCUCCGAUUUUGACAGUCUCCUGGACGAGUCUCAGUUCCGCUGCAUCACCAAAAUCAAAACCAUUGGCAGCACCUACAUGGCAGCAUCAGGAGUCACUCCCGACGUCAGCAACGGCUACGCCUGUCUGAAGAAAGAGGAGCUGACUGACAGAGAGCGCUGGCAGCAUUUGGCAGAUCUGGCUGACUUUGCUCUGGCCAUGAAGGUCUCGCUCAUGAACAUCAACUACCAGUCCUUCAACAACUUUAUGCUACGCAUAGGUUUGAAUAAAGGGGGGGUUCUGGCAGGAGUGAUUGGUGCCCGGAAGCCUCACUAUGACAUCUGGGGAAACACUGUGAAUGUGGCCAGUCGCAUGGAGUCCACAGGGGUCAUGGGUAACAUCCAGGUGGUGGAAGAUUGUUACCACAUCUUGAAGGAGUACGGAUUCCGUUUUGUGAGGAGGGGACCUAUCUUUGUGAAGGGGAAAGGAGAGCUGCUUACCUACUUUCUGAAGGGUAGAGAAAAACAGGGCUCCUUCAUCAACGGCUCCUCGGUCACCCUGCCACACCAAGUGGUGGACAACUCCUGACCUGCGUGUCAAUGCUCACAGAAACACACACGCAUAAUCAGAAAUAUACAUUGUAAUGUAUAAGUGAGAUCUGAAUUCAUGCUUAUACCAACACUCUUUCAGAAUUGCAAAGUAUGUCAGAGGAAAUGGACAUCUUGCAAAGAAAGAAGAUUUGUCCUGCCUCCCCCUCCCCCACCCUGCCUGUUCAAAUACUUUUUUUGCAAACUACAAAGCUUUUGAAAAUAGUGCUCAGCUAUUUGCACUACAGACUUAUGAACACAUAUCACGGUACUGUAUAGUCACACAUAGUUACACACAGUCUAAGACAAACACUCUUAUUCAGAAACACAGUCUGACAAACACACAUUCAUGUACUCACUGCAAUGCCAUCCUUACGACGCGCUCAAGCCAGAUGCAUCAUGGCUGUUGGACUAAAUGCCUCAUUUUGAAUACUUUCCCCCUUUUACAAAAUACUUUAUAUUUGGAAAAGAAUGGAUUUCAGUGUGUUUGUUACAGUAUCUCCAAACUGCUUGGAGAUGGCGAUGACCUGAGAUAAGAUGGUAGAGGUGUGUGUGUGUGUGUGUGUGUGUGUGUGUGUGUGUGUGUGUGCUGAAUAAGCCUGCAGUGAAAGUAUUCUUUCUCACUUUUUUCUGAUCCGGAAUCAAGUAACAUGCCAUGCCCUUUUUCUGUUAGCUAUGAAUUUGGAACACAUGCCUUCUAUGUUCUCCCCCCCAUCACUUCUUUACGGCAUCUGAGUCUAUGCUGACAGUGGGCACAGAACCCGGGUGUGAGUCCUCAGGUGUGAAAUUGGCGACAGGUUGAAUGUUUUUGUGUUUUUUUGGAGGCAUUGCAAGUGUGCGCAUGCACGUUGACAAGCAAGAGUGAUUCAUGGUAUUUUAGAGUUUGUGGUCACCAGGUCUUUGUGAGUAGCUAACACCUGUGGUCAUGGGUAUUCCGGUGGGUAGAAAUGCUGUGCCCUGAAAAAAGUAUUUGCCCCCUUUAGGAUUUUCUCUGUUUUUACAUGUUUUUGAUACUGAAUUAGCACAUCUUCAACUAAAACCUUAUAUUAGAUCAAGGGAACCUGAGUUUACAAAUAUAUAUAUAUAUUUAUUUAAUUAACAACGUUAUGCAACACCCAAUUCCCCUGUGUGAAAAAGGUAUUGACCCCUUUACACUCAAUAACUGGUUGUGCCACCUUUAGCUGCAAUGUCUGCAACCAAAUGCUUCCUCUAGUUGUGGGUCAGUCUCUCACGUCGCUGGCGAAGAAUUUUGGCCCACUCUUGCAUGCAGAACUUCUUUAACUCAGCGACAUUUGUGGGUUUUCAAGCAUGAACUGCUCCUUUCAUGUCCUGCCACAACAUCUCAAUUGGGAUUAGGUCUGGACUUUGACUAGGCCAUUCCAAAACUUCAAUUUUGUUGCUUUUUAGUCAUUUUAAAGUAGACUUGACUUUUGGAUUAAAGUUGAUUUACGUUUGCCAGAAAACACCUGGAAGAUCAUCAAGGCUCUUUGGAAGAAUGUUCUAUGAACAGAUGAGUCAAGUGUAUAACUUUUUGGAAGACAUGGGUCCCAUUAGGCCUGACGAAAAACCAAACACUGCAUUCCACGGUAAGAAACUUGUACCAAUAGUCAAGCAUGGUGGUGGUAGUCUGAUGGUUUGGGGAUGCUUUGCUGCCUCAGGACCUGGAUGACUUGCCUUUAAUAGAAGGAACCAUAAAUUGUGCUCUGUAUCAAAUAAAAGGUUAUUGGUCACAUACACAUAUUUAGCAGAUGUUAUUGUGGGUGUAGCAAAAUGCUUGCUGUAUCAGUGAAUUCUACAGGAGAAUGUCAGGCUUUCUGUGAGCUGAAGCGCAGCUGGGUCAUGCAGCAAAACAAUAAUCCAAAACACACAAUCAAUGGCUAAAAAGCAACAAAUUUGAAGUUUUGGAAUUGCCUAGACAAAGUCCAGACCUAAUCCCAAUUGAGAUGUUGUGGCAGGACUUGAAAUUAGCAGUUAAUGCUUGAAAACCCACAAAUGUCGCUGAGUUAAAGCAGCUCUGCAUAGAAGAGUGGGCCAAAAUUCCUCCACAGCAACGUGAGAGACUGAGCAACAACUAAAGGAAGCGUUUGAUUGGAGUCAUUGCAGCUAAAGGUGCCACAAACAGUUAUUGGGUGUAAGAGGAAAUUACUUUUUCACAUGAGCAUUGGGUGUUGCAUAACUAUGUUUAUGAAAUCAAUGAAAUAAGAAUGUAAUUGUUGUGUUAUUUGUUCACUCAGGUCCCAUUUAUCUAAUAUUAGAUUUUGGUUGAAGAUCUGAUAAUAUUCAGUAUUUUUUUUUUAAAUGCAAAAGAAUUAAGGAGGGAAAUUACUUUUCCACAGCACUGUAUGUUUGUUUGUUUGUGUAUAUGUAAGGUUGAUAUGUGGACAGUACUGCAGGUGCGGGUGAGUUUCUUUUGCUCGUAUUGUGUCCGCGUCAGUGUCUUUUCUCUGAAAUUGGAUGGAAGUGCAAUAGUUUAUUCUUCUACAACCCUCUGUCCUCGCUUGCCCCUUACACAAAUUAAAACAUUCCUGGCCCUUUUAAUAUUUUUAUAACUAAGUUUAAUUCAUUCUGAGAUUCUAUUUACAGUGAAGGGAUAAAGGACUAAUGAGUCUCUAAGUUGUACAUACAGUUUACUGUUCAUUAACUUAAUUUAUUGCAGUUGUCAGGGACAGAUUUCCUUUUUUUAAACCAAUGUAAAAGUGCCAAUGUUGAAGGAAUGGCUUUGGUCCCUGUACAUGUGGCCAAAAUGCAGGUCUUUGCUGUUUCUCGAUUUGUAUUUUAAAGAACCUCAGGCUUGGGAAUAAAAUGGCACUUUGAAUGGUCUGUAAACUAUCUGUGUUUGAGUUGAAAGAUAAUUUAUUAAUGUAUUUCAUUUAAAUUAUUUGUCAUUUUCAAGUGUAUUGAUUAAAAAAACGAAAUUAAA